AUUUAUUUUUUUAUACGUAGACGCACAUUUAAAUGUUUUUAUUGAAUGAAUUACAUCAAAGAAAAAUUAUGUAAAGAAGCUCUGCCAUGAAAGAAAAUGCUAUUGCGAGAAAUAAAAUAGGGAUCUGCAAUUUGAUUUUUAUAACUUCAUAUACAUUUUGGUCAUGUAACAUAAGAAUAUAUACUUAGAGCUGAACAAAAUACAUCGUUGAAGUAUUUGACGAAUUGAAAGACAAAAUACAAAAUUCCAAUUAUUUAUAAAGUUUUAAUUAUUUAUAAAAAAAAGCGUGAAAAUAAAGUCAAAAUGCGAGUUAAAGAAUCAUUCUGUUUUGGAAUUCACAAGAAAUUGAGAAAACACGUUAAGGGAAAACAAAAUCGAAAAAUUGCGCGCAUGGUCACGUGACUCGCUAUCAAUAUGGCUCUUCCACACAAAAAGCGGCGUAGUUUGCCGCACGGCGGAAGUUGGCGCAGUAACCAAUCAGAGUUGGAUAAAAUUCAACUUCUUCCGCGAGACAGAAGAUUUGAUUGGCUACCACGUCAACUUUCGCUGCGCGGCAACCUAUGCCGUGCCCUGUUGAUCCUGUGUGCAGAAGCCAAACAACAGUACGUAAGCGCGCGUAGUUCCUCGCGAAUCAUUGCGGUCACAUUGUUCGUUAAAGUUUUUCAACGAGUGUUUACCGUUUCGAGUAGCCGCAAGGACACUUCGAGGAAGAGAGCUCAUGCGUCGCGUUGUCGUUUGAGAUUCCUUAUUGACAUCCGCCGUCGAAAUUCGUUGCCGAGUAAGAUGGGAAGAAAGAAGUUGAAGAAGAAGCUGCAGCAAGGAAAACCGAUAGUAGAAGAAAUUGAGAAAUCAACAGUGCCGACAGUGCCAAUAGAUAAUUUACCAGAAAAAUUUCUCUGGAUGCACGUAAAGAGCGGCACAAAGAUCAGAAAUGUUCUUUGCUACGCGCUGAAAGAAUUUCCCAGUUACGACAGCAUCGUAUGGACCGGUACCGGAUAUGCCAUCGCGAAAACUAUUUCUUGCGCGGAAAUCUUCAAGAGAAAACAUGAAGGCCUUCAUCAGGUGACAAAGUUAUGUUACGUCAAUUCGGAAAAAUCGAAGGAGGAUAUAGCUGCCGAGACUCGUCGGAUACCGGAAAUCCAUAUUUUACUGACUAAGAAUAUCAAAGAUACAAGUGAACUUGGGUAUCAAGCACCCGGGGAUUGUGAAAUAUUUCCGCAGGAGAAAGAUGCAGCGAAAUCAGAAGCGAACACUACAAUGGAAAGCACUGAUAAUAUACCUCGUAUCGAUGAGCAAUUCCAGACAAAGGAAAAAAACAAAAAAAGGAAAAAAAUGGACCAAUCAGAAAAAAAUGUGGAAUUACCUUCGAAGAAAAAGAAAGUACCUUAAUUAACAUAAUUAACCCUAUUCUGUUUACAGGUUUAUACAUUUAUUUGUUUAUUUAGGACUGUAAAAAAAUAUAUUUUAUUUUCUUACUAAUAUAUUUUAUUAAAAAAAUUUUUUGACGACAAAUUUAAAUGAGUUUAUCUGUUAAUGUAAGAUUUCUAUAAAAUUUUUUAGAACUUUUUGGAGAUCCUUUUCUUCAAACCGAUAUAAUUAAUUGAGCAAAUUUGAGUCGAACAACAUAUAAUUAAAGAUGAAUGUAUCACUACUCAAAACAUUAUCAAAAAUAUAAAAAUUGUAUAGAUUGUUCUAUUAUUACAUUUGAGUACCUGUGUAAAAUUUAAUUGCAUAAUUUUUAUUGUUUUAAAAGUUAUUAAAUUUUUGUUUGCUUUUGUGUAAAAUCGCGUGUGAUUUCUGUGUAAAAAGAGUAAAAACCACACAACUUUAAGAUAUUCUAAUAACAGUUGUAAAAGAGCAAUAACACAAAUCUUAUGUAGAAAGUUUAUUUCUUUAUUACAUAGACAAUUUUCACAAGAACAGUCACACGUCAUAUAUAUGUAUAUAUAUACCUGCUGCAUAAAGAAUCUCUCGUCACAUCUCGCGGUAUUCAUCAAUACAUUAUAACUCGAGUUUUUGUACUUACAAGUCUUAUAUACAGUGUUACAAUAUCUUUUCCAUUGCGUCGAAUACGAAAAGAAACAAUCUCGCAAUGCGCAGUAUGUCAAAACGUCACUCGUCGCUUGACAGAAUCUCGUUACGAGAAGCACGUGGGGCAGUAGCAAUUCUCGCGUAGCAACAUGUGUCAAUACAUGUUGAGUAUGAAUUUUAUUAUUCUAUCUUCAUAAAGACACUACUUUUAUAUGAUGAGAAUUACAUAUUAUUACAAUGAAUAUUUGUCGUGUCAGAAAGCAAUGUCAUUAUUGAUCGGCUGUCAUAAGAUCUCAUCUUAUGAUCUAUUUUUCAGAUAAAAAAAAUCAUCUUUACUAAUAUUCAUUUUAAAAAACGUAUUCGCACUAUACAUUUCAUAGCAAUAUCUUAUUAUAGAUUCGAAAAGCCACAGAUGGGCGAAUUGAUAAGGCGCCCAGCCACUCUUCUACACUUCAUCUUUUUGUUUAUUAUAGUUUCGACCUAGCCUUAAGUCCGACAUUUGGAACAAGCAAUCUGUUCAAGAUUCAUCGUAAAUUGUUACGAAAUUUUCAAGAACAGGAUAGAAAAAGCCUAACAUCCUGAUUUAUAUUGCUAUAUGGAAUAAAUGUGUAUGUAUUAUAAAUAACAGUGCAAUACCACAUUUAUCGCUAUGCUUCUCGCUCAAACAAUACAUCUUAUAAAGACCAACUACGUGAUGACGAUUAUUAUAGUCACCCUAGACUAACACGAUGCUGGUAUAAUAAUGUGUAAAAUUCUACAAUUGUUUAUAUAAAUUCGCAUUUUUCUGAUUAUGCAAAUUGCGGCAACAA